AUCAUUUCUAAUACCUAUUUUCGCGCACCUUGGUAUGACAGACGCCAGUUGGGUGUUGUGAUCGAUCUAACAACGUCAGGGUCCAAGGCCGCCCAUGUAACGGCGAUCGUCCCGUGUCCGAAAAACAGGAUCUCCACGGCCUGGGCCACUUUCGUACCUCCACAACAGCAAGGAUGCGAAGGGUGCAUGACGUAUGAGGAAGCGCGUUCAUGAUGUCUAGAACGCGAUUUCCUGGUACAAGAUCUGGACUGCUAAAGCCCAUCCACGCUUGCUGCUGUUAUUGCGAUACUUGAUCAUUCAGCCUCCUCUUCUAAAGCGCACGUUGCUAUUCCAAAAUGUCAGCCAUAGACCAGCUCAAGCAGCAGAACGCUGCACUCCAGUCGAGUGUCGGAAACAUCUCCAAAGUGGCUGGAUCAACCACAACGACCCCAGCGAAAACAACAACAUCAGCUGCCAAAGCUACGCCAGUGAAGAAGCCCGCUGCGACAGCUACGGACACCACAGGAUCGGCUGCUGCACCAGUGAAGAGAGUGCCGAGGAAGUUGAAUGCAGCAGGCGCAUCUGCUUCAACUCCAGCAAAGACCACAACCACGCCUGUAAAAGCGACUCCAGCCACGACUUCAACGCCCAUAAAGAAGCCAGUGACCGCUGCUUCAGCAAGCAAGCCCGCGUCUACUACUACACCUGUAAAGAAAACGCCCGUCACUGCAGGCAAGACCCCUAUUAGUGAAGCUUCAAAGCCAGUACGCCAACGCACACCUCUGGGCACAACCAAGCCACUGCCAAUACGUAAGAACCCGGUUACAGGUGCAGCGCAAUCUCAGCCUGCCAGCGCAGUCAGUAAGACGACUGGCGCUACGCCAGUGAAGAAAACCACAACUGCUGCGUCUUCUACUGUAACAAAGGCAACCCCCACAAAGGCUACCCCAGCCAAAGCUACUCCUGUUAAGAGGACGCCGGCCAAAGUGAAUCCAGACGGUACGGUCCCUACCAAAACAAACCCUGAUGGCCAACCCACUCCUCAGUCCACGCUAGCCGCGAAGAAGCAACCGGGCAUUGUUGGCAAGGGGGUCAAUACCGCCACAGGCACUUUGAACAAGACUGUUGGUACGACGACUGGAGGUCUUAACACCAUCACCGACUCCGCGACCACGGGUGUAAACAGCACAGUCAAUGGCGUGACUGGGUACGCUGGCAAGGGGCUGGACAAGCUACCUGGUGGUGUAGGAAAGCCAGUCAAGCAUGUAACGGACAACGUGGGCAAGACAGCUACAGGCGCGGUCGAUAACGCAUACUAUACCGUUGGUUCAGCGACCAAGGGCGUGCAAGGUACUGUUAGCAAGACCACUGGUGCCAUUGGAAGGGGUGAUGUCAAGGGCACUGUCGCUGGUGCGACGAGUGGAGUUGGAAACACUGUGACUGGAGUAGGCAAGGGGUUAGGAAACACGGUAGGCGAUGGCCUCGCUGGUCUCGGGAGCACAGUCGGCGGUCCCGUCGGUGGUGUGGUCGGAAACGUAGGCAAAGGUGCCAACAACGCCGUCGGCGGCAUUACCAGUGGAGUUGGUGACGGCGUCAGCAAGCUUGGAAAAGGAGAUGUUAUUGGCGGUGUUGGAAGCACCCUCGGUGGUGUUGGAAAAGGAGUCGGUGGUCUUCUUGGAGGCAUCACAGGCUAUGGAGAGGACAAGGAAAAAUGAAGGUUCAAGGUCGAGAGGUGGUUGGAUAGCGUUGAAGAGGUUGAAGAUGAGGACGGGGAGCAGAAGAAGACUGAAGGAGAUGUUGGGAAAGAUGAGCUACACGACUCUGUACUAGAGAUGACGGAAGCAGGUGUGCGUGCCCAUGUUGAGCAAUCGGAUUCAGAGCAUGCGCACGUCGGACACGAUGUCCACGAAACCUGAUAUAUUGUAUGUACAUCUAUGCAAGUUAUUAUUGCCUGA